AUGUCCACUUUUGGCGGCAUAGCAUCCGAAUUUCCGGAAAUUCGCAUUGACUUUUUUCGUCGGGUCGAAGGCCAAUCACCGCCGCUAGCAUGCUUUCUCAGCCACAUUCACAGUGAUCAUCUCGCUGGGCUGGAUGCGCUGCGGUCGCCCUUCGUCUAUUGCUCGGCCGCCACUCGAGAGAUACUACUGCGACUAGAGCGAUACCCAUGUCGCAUCAAUUAUGCAAAGGGGUUGUUGGAAGCGAGGCAGCAGACGUACAAGCAUCUGAGCAGCUUGCUGAAACCGAUCCCAUUAGAGACGCCAACAACACUGGAGCUGGCACCGAAAUUGGAGAUACAGGUUACUCUGUUCGAUGCAAAUCACUGCCCUGGGGCUGUCAUGUUCUUAAUCGAGCGUAAUGGCACGGCAGUCCUGUAUACUGGCGACAUACGAAGCGAGCCGUGGUUCGUCAAUUCGAUUGCCAGGCAUCCAGCCUUGAUCGAAUAUACGUCGGGCAUCCGCAGACUGCACAAAAUCUACCUCGACACAUCCUUCACAGAAGAUGUCCCCUUUCAAACCAAGCGAGAGGGCAUCGCAGAACUACUGCAAAAAGUGGCGUUAUAUCCACCUGACACGGUGUUUUAUUUCCAAACCUGGACAUAUGGCUACGAGGAGGUUUGGCUGGCUCUUUCCAAAGCGUUAAAGUCUCAGAUACACGUCGACGAGUAUAAAAUGGGGAUAUAUACUUCAUUGUCAAGCAAGACUGGUGACCACCGCUUCGCGUCGCUGAUAGGAUACAUGUGCGGGAAUGCAUGGCAUCCGGGCUGCUUGACAGCGGACGAGAGUGUGCGCUUCCACAGCUGCGAAAAGGGCCACCUCUGCUCUGUCGCGAGCCAACCAAACGUUGUUAAGAUACAGCCGAUUGUUGCGCGUCUCGUAGAUGGGACAGAUAUUGCCGAGGCCGGAGUAGGCGGAGGCGGCAACGAUUUUCAGCGCGAUGCUGAGCUUGGAUCCUUGUCCAAGCAAGAUGUCCGCGCGCUUCAGGAACUACUCAAAGACAUUGGCGAGGACAAGGAAGGGUUUUUCAAAUCCCUGGCUCAUAACAUCACCUCGGGACGCGACAUGCCGCUCAGUCUGGCAAUGGAAAUGUUUGGAGAACGCCUCACAACAAGUAUCCACAAGUUGGGAGGCAUGCUAGCACGCAAGGAUGACUUCAGUUCUGGGGCCACUACGCCGCAGGCUCCAGGUCUGCCGCGAGUGAUUCGUUUCCCCUAUGCCCGGCACUCUUCAUACCAAGAGCUCUGUCAUUUUGUCGACGCGUUCAAGCCGCUGGACGUAUGGCCGUGCACAGAGGAUGCGCAGCAUUGGUGGCGUAAGGGCCAUUCCAUCGCAUCGUACUUUGGAGAGUUUUGCACCGGCAAUGACUUCGCUUACGACAGAAUGGUACAAGCGCUUUAUCCCGACCCUCCUCCGCCACAAGAGGACGACGACACCCACGAUACGCAGACAUCCGAGCAAGCGUCCCUCACCACCAUGCAGCCACCAUCGUCGCCAGCGCGGAGAUUGCUUUCUGACAGUCUUGGCGCGGAUGACUUGGAGCAUGAGUCGCCCUCCCUGGCGCCCAAGAGAGCCCGGACGGCCGACCGAGGCGAGUCGCAGCACAGCACGGCUUCGCACAUUAUGGACACGGACUCGGAGGUCCGGUGGGACGCGUACAAUCGCACUCUGGAUAGGCUCUACGAUGGCGACUGGGGUCCGUUGCCUUUGCUUUCAACCACUGAUCACCAUAGCAAGAUUGAACAGGAACUAUAG